GCUCGACAUGAAUCGCAGAGAGAGGUCGAGAGUGACAGGGAAGAGCGAGAGACAGAGGGAGAGAGACAGCGAGAGUGACAGGGAAGAGCGAGAGACAGAGAGAGAGACAGCGAGAGUGACAGAGAAGAGAGAGAGACAGCGAGAGUGACAGGGAAGAGCGAGACGGGGAGAGUUCCGGAUAAAUCGAGAUAGAGAGUUGACAUCGGUCACUGAGAACGCGGAGACUCAGAGAUGGACGCGAUCACGAAGACCCACAACGGCGCGGGUUCCAAGCAUUCGGAGUCGGAGUCCAUGUACCUGGCUGAGAGCAGCGACGAUGGGGGGCCCAUCGAGAUCCUCUUCGCCGUGCGGGAGGAAGUGGGGGCCCUGGCCAGGGCCUUGCGCGUGUUCGAGGAGAAGGGAUUGAACCUGCGCCACAUCGAGUCUCGCCCGUGCCGCCACGCGCCCGACCAGUGGGAGUUCUACGCGAGCGUGAGCGGCGAGCGGCCCGGGGCCCUGGACGCGCUGCUGCUCGAGCUGCGCUCUCAGUCCGCGGGCUCCGUGCUGCAGCUGUCGCGCAACAAGCGCAAGGAUGCGGGUGGGAGCACCGCGAGAUCUCGCCUCGCGAGAAUUUGA